AUGGUUCACAUGAGGAAUCUUGCCGCAGCUACGGCUGCUCUCGUGGCCACCGCCGCAGCAGAGGAUGUGCUCUUCAGUCGGCGGUCACUCGAGAAGCGCCAGGAGAGUCCCGAGCUGUACAAUGUGUCCUUCUUCCACAUAAACGAUGUGCACGCCCAUCUCGAUGAGUUUCGCUCUUCUGGUACGGACUGCGACAAUCCGGCCAGAGGCUGCUAUGGUGGCUAUGCUCGUAUCAAGACCAUCGUUGACGACAUCCGGCCGGGCACUGAGAACUCGCUGUUCUUGGAUGCGGGCGAUGAGUUUCAGGGUACCAUGUUCUACAACUACUACAAAGGUGAAAAGAUCGCGGAGACGAUCAACCAGCUUGGUUUCGAUGGCAUGACCCUUGGCAACCACGAAUUUGAUGGCGGAGACGAUCAGCUCGGCGCUUUUCUCGAGAACUUGACUUUCCCAAUCAUCAGCGCCAACAUCCAGUCCGACAACCCCAUCCUCAACAGGACUAUCGUUCCGUAUCACAUCUACGAAGACCUUGGAAUUGCUGUCAUCGGCGUGACUACGCCCGAAACACGCGGCAUCUCCAGCCCCGGCGAGGGCACCACCUUCGGCAACGUCGUCGAAGCUGUGCAGCGCUGCGUGGACGAGAUCCGCUCCACUACCAACAUAACACGCAUCGCAGCUCUCACUCACAUUGGCUACGAAGAGGAUCAGCAACUUGCCGAGUCUACAACAGGCUUGUACCUGAUCAUGGGAGGCCACAGCCAUACGCCUCUGGGAGACUUCGAGGGUGCUGAAGGCCCUUAUCCGACAAUCGUGAACAACACCGACGGCGAGGAAGUUUUCAUCGUUACUGCCUACCGUUGGGGCGAAUACCUGGGCUACAUUGACGUCCUUUACGAUGCUGAAGGCAAGGUUGUCGAGUAUCAUGGCGCACCCAUCCAUGUCACCAACUCUACAGCUCAAGAUGAGGACCUGCAGACACAGAUCGACGCUUGGCGCGAGCCAUUCGAGGCGUUCUCAGCUCAGGAGGUCGGUACCACGAACGUCGUUCUGGAUCAGACCACCUGUCAGCAGAUGGAAUGCACUCUGGGUGACUUUAUGGCAGACGCAAUGCUCGCAUACAGGAAGAAUUUGACCGACGAGGUGGACUUCGCGAUCAUAAAUGCAGGCGGAAUUCGGGCCACGAUCGAUGAGGGAACCAUCACGCGCGGAGAAGUGCUCACGAGCUUCCCAUUCGGCAACUCGAUUGUCGAGAUCACCAUGACUGGGCAGCAAAUCUGGGAUGUCCUUGAAGGCAUUGUCUCAGAGGUCAAUGUUGAGAACGGCGAAGAGGUCACGAGCUUCUUCCAGGUCUCCCGAGGCAUACGCGUUGAGUACAAUCCUAAUGCGGCGAACGGUUCCAAGCUAGUGAGCGUCGAUAUUGGCGAUCCGGAUCUUGCACCCAUUGAGCCAGAGGAGGAGUACAACCUGGUCACAUUGGACUUCCUCGCAGGAGGUGGCGACAACUUCUUUACGCCCACCACCGACUUCGUCUCUCUCGACACUCAGGAUGAAGUGCUCGUGCAGUACAUCCAAGCUCAGAGCCCGGUAAACAUCGAGCUCUCGAGGCGAAUCGUUGAGAGUGAUGGUGCGCCUGGCUCGCCUGGCAACAGCUCGUCUGUUGGAAGCGCAAACAGCACGGAGGGUGCUAAUGGCACCGACAGCAGCUCAGACAGUGGUUCAGGAAACGCUGCGAGUCAAGCGACGGCCGGUCUCGGUGCUGUGGCAUUUGCAGCGAUGGUUGCUCUUGCCGUUGCAGCGUUCUGA